AAUAUUUAUUAUCAAAUAAGAAAUUAAAAAUAAUAAAGCAACAUAAAACUGAUUGAUAAAUAUAAGAAACGUUGAGGGCAGUAUUUUACUACAUUUUAAAGCUGUAAAAUUUGUUGAAACAUAGAAAGUUAUUUAAAAAUGACUGAACUGAAAAGACGAAAUAAAAAGCCGAUAUCUAAUGAAAAAGAAGAUAACGAGUUGGUCAAUACCAAAGAGAAAUCAAAAUUAAGCAACUUACCUCUAAGAGUUCUUUCAAGAGUAGUAGUCAUAUUUUCAUUGCUUACUAUAGUUUAUUUUACUUCUAAAAAUGAUAAAACAAUUACAUUCGCCAGACAAUCAGAUGUUUUGGCUGGAAAGGGUCAAAUAAUAGAUUGCUCAGAAAAAUAUAUUAAAGAAAUAGAUAAAUAUGAAGGCUGUUUUCCCAAGGAGUGUAAGAGAUUUGUGACCGAUAAAGUAAUUUCAGAAAGAGAAUCUUUAGAAUUGUUGAAAAUAGCUAAGAAAGGUCUUAAGUAUGGACGAUCUUCAGGUGGUGCCUCCAUAUUAGAUCUCCAUAGUGGAGCUUUGUCUAAAGGACAACACUUUGUUAAUAUUUACAAAAGAGAUGAUAUGAAAAAUUUAUUCACUGAAGCAGACUUUAAUGUGUUCAAGGUGGUAAAAGAAAAAAUAAAACAUGCCAUAUCUCAUUACUUUGGAGUAUUACCUAGUAAAAUUUAUUUAACACAUCCAACAUUUUUCUCUGAAAUUAAUCCUAAAAAUGCAGUAACCGUACAUGAUGAAUAUUGGCAUCCACAUGUUGACAAAGAAACUUAUAAAUCAUUCCAUUAUACAACUUUACUUUAUUUAAGUGAUUAUAGCAAAGACUUUGAAGGUGGGAGGUUUGUGUUUGUUGAUGAGAAACAUAAUAAAACAGUAGAACCAAGAUUGGCACGGCUAAGCAUUUUCACAAGUGGUGCUGAAAAUCUUCAUUAUGUAGAAAAAGUUACAUCGGGUACCAGAUAUGCAAUGACAAUAUCAUUCACAUGUGAUAAGAACUAUGCCAUAGAAGAUCCAAGUACAAAUAAAUAUAUUAAUUAAUACCCCUAAAUGUUAUUUUAAUUUCAAUAUAAUGUUAUUUUAUAAGUUUAUAAUCGUAAAUAGUUAAACCUCCCAAAUAUUAAAGAUGUAGUUUUCUAUUUAUUUUUUUAAAAUUGGCGCCUUUUACAUUGCUUAAUUUUUGCAGAAAUUAAAAACGUAAAGAAUAUACACAAUAUUUGAAACUACGUAUUAGAUUAGGGCAUUAAGGAGUUGAGGGAGGUGAUUGUGAUUGUAAUAUUGGCAAAAUAUACGCUCUUAACGUUGUAUUAAA